AUGACUGCUUCUCCGGUUCAGCCUAGUCGGAUAAAUCUGCGACGACGACCCGCAGUAAAGUCCGCUUCGGUAGACUCAGAUGAAUCCAUAAUGCAGCUGAAAAAAGGCGAAACAUUUCAUACACCCACCUCCGCGCCUACAAAUGAUCACCCCGUCCUAAACAUACGCUCUCUACCACAACGAUGCCCCACAACUCUAGAUUCUAUCUUUGAGCGAUUGACUUUGGAUCCUUCAGAGGAACAGGAACCAUCAACAUCUGAGAAGGAGCCUCCCAAAUGCAACAUUCCCUCAGCUGGUACUGAGCCAGAAUGCUCUACACGCUCACGAAGUUCAUCCUAUGGUAAUCUUGAUAAACCCCAAAUUGACCAUAGCCAUGAGUCUGAUAGUGGCUUGGGAUCAUCAGUCAGUAGUGGAGAUGCCACUUCAAUAAUUAAUGAAAGCCCCGAUAAGGACAAUGUAGAUCAUCAAUCUGCCAUCACUGGUUAUAUCUCAGCCUUUGAGACUGGAUCUACUCCAAGACGCCAGCUAGGACUGCCUACAUGCAAACAAAUUGAACGAUAUGUCCUUGUACCACUGCUUAAGGAAACCAAGCUGCAACCUUAUCAUACUCUGGUGCAAGGUAUUCCAUCUCGUAUUGUCAAAAAGCAGAUUGUCUGCCUUCGAGAUCUGGAGAAGAUCUUAUUAGGGCUAUCACCGAAAUAUGCUCCCUCUCCUUCUUCAUAUCUCAACUUCUGUGAAUUUACCAUUCAGACAAUUCAUACGGCAACAUCCCACCUCAAUGAUCGUGAUCAGCGACUACCAGCUGAUCGUCCCUACACCAACGGCUAUUUCCUCGAUCUUGUUUCUCAAGUUCGACGAUACGCAUCCAUGAUUCGUUCCGUUCGUGAACGAGUUGUGGAGACUCCCGAGGUAAAAGACCAAGUCAAGGGUCGAGAGAUUGAAGUCAAAGACGUCGAGAUGACUACCACAAUGGCUCCUCCCAUUGCCACCCUCGAAGGUGGCCUGUCCAAGGAUGGCCGCCCUGCUGAGCUUGUGGUGGUUCACGAGGGCAAGUCUAUCUCGAUGGCCACUGGAGAUUUGUAUGAUCCGAUUUCUCCCCCGCUGGCUUUCAAGCGCGGUGUCAGCUUUUCCAGCGUCGACUUUGUGGAGGAAGAGGGUGUCGAACGUUCCAUGGCCCGUCGUAAGAAGAAUGCGCCGCCUAUGGACAUCAAUCAAAAAUGUGACCACUGCGACAAGGUGUUCAAGCGUCCUUGCGAUCUCACCAAGCAUGAGAAGACUCAUUCCCGCCCCUGGAAGUGCCCGGUCUCUACUUGCAAGUAUUUUGAGAUUGGCUGGCCCACUGAAAAGGAAUGUGACCGCCACUUGAACGACAAGCACUCCAAUGCUCCGCCCUUGUUCAAGUGCGAGUUUCCCCCUUGCCCCUACGCCUCGAAACGCCAAAGCAACUGCAAGCAGCACAUGGAGAAGGCCCAUGGCUGGUGCUACGUUCGCUCGAAGAGCAAUGCUCGCACUGGUAGCAAGGCCGGUUCUCUCCCACGCACCCCGGGCACCCCUGCUACUCCCAGCGUCGUUGAUAGUAUGUCGACGCCGUCUUCCAAGCCCGUGGACUUCGCUACUCCCGGCAGCGUGUCGACCAUGGCUUCCAAGCCCUUGGAGUUCUCGCCUCUUAGUGGAGAUUCAGAUACAAGCCCCCUCGGAGAGCUUCCCAUGUCGGACUAUGGAUUCAACUUCAAUGCUCCUGUCAUGGCCCACGGCACUGGCGUCAGCUUUGACUUUGACUGGAGCCACCUGGACCAGAACCUCGAGCCACCUGUGGAUUCUAGCACUUACAGCAGCACAGGUGCACCCUACAUGGACGGUUACGCCAUGCCAGCUAUGCCUGCUAUGCCCCCAAUGGACACCCAAAUGACCGGCGCAGAAUUUUUCGACGCCCCGUCAAAACUCUCCACAGGCCUCUCGCCCGGCGCUCAGGGCGAUGCCACCCUAUUCACUCCCAAUCUAAUGAGUGAGCAGCAACUGUUGGAGAACUAUGAGUAUGAGAUGCAGUGCCGUGAUUUCACUCUAUAUGGUGGCGGCCCUCAGCUCGGUAUGGCAACUGGCAUGGACUAUGCCAUGCAGCAACCUGCUGGUCCUCAGUUUGCUCAGUCCGGUCAGGCCAUGUUUCCUCAGUUGAACUCUGCUAAUCCCUUCCUCGCACCCGACGUCCUUGCCCGCUUUUUCGACCAGGACGAGUAG